UCAUCCUCCUCCGGUCCUCUCCCCAAUUAAGACCAGCCGCGACCGCCGCCGCCGACGACUCCCCCUCCGGCACCCGAAAUGGCGUGAUCCCCGCCCUCGAUUCCCCUCCCCCCCCCCCCUUCAAAUACCUCCCCGUCCACCGCGACCCCUCACCCCCCAUCCCUGAAUCGCGGAGAUCCCCGCAUCCCGGCGCCCCCGAACCCUAACCCUAGCCACCCCCUCCCCCACCAUGAAGGCCUCCAUCAAGUUCCGCGACGACGACCGGCCGCUGCUGCGCGCCAAGGUGCCCAUCGGCGUGCUUGGGCUGCCGUUCCUCUCCGGCGUCUCGGCCGGCGGCGACUCCGAGGACCUCCGCUUCGACCUCUCCACCGCCUUCCCCUCCGGCCCGGGGCUCCGCCUGUCCUACCGCCCCAACGACCCGCUCCAGCCCUUCGCGCUCUCCAUCCGCACGGGCCUCGGCGUGCUCGGCUCCCCCAUCCGCGCCCCCUUGGCGCUCUCCGCCGAGUUCAACCUCCUCUCCUCCAACCCGCCCGCCUUCUCGCUCCUCUUCAAGCCCCGGCUCGGCGACUUCUCCCUCGCCAACUCCGUCCGCUCGCCGCCCGUCCCCGACCCCCCCGCGCUGCCGCUGUCCCACAAGCUGUCCGACCUCACCAACGGCGACGACCACGACCAUGAGGGCCACAAGGAGUUCUCCCUCAACGGGAACGGGUUCGCGGCGAACACCACGGCCGCCGGGAACACCGGCGGAGGGGUGGGCAUGCUGCUGUCCGGGAUGCGCCUCACCACCAGGAGCAUGCUGCCUCUGUGGAACAGGGCGAGUCUGAGGUUCCAGUGGGGGCUGCGUGUGCCACCAGAGCUGAAGGCCGCACUCGCAGACGAUGGAUAUGGGCGGAAGGCGGGGAGCCUGGCUGUCAGCAAGCUGCCGCUGCUCGUCAUGAACAAGAUCACAAUUGAACAGACACCACGCCAGCAUCCGAAGUCUGAAGAGGACAAGAAGGGGAAGAGCGCGCCUGUAGCCCAGGGAGAGGAAUUCUCAUUGCUGAAGAGGCAGCUGGAGGCCCUGAACGAUGAGAGCAUCAUGCUGCGGCACACUGUGGAGGGCCUGCGUGCUGAGAUUGGGGUCAACCGAGCUAUCUCAGUUCCCAGCAAAGGCGACGCUCGAAGGAUGCCGGCAUUGUCGCCGCCUCUGCAGACUACUUUCCCUGUGAAGCCUGAUCUCCAUGGAAAUGGGAAGGAGCUGGCGGCCGGUGGACCGAAUGAUGCGAGCGAGGAGCUGAAGAAGGCACUCGAGGCCCGGAGGAAGUGAGCCAUUACUGCAUUAGUGCUUGCUGACAUUGCAAGCUCUGCAAUUUUACAUAUAUAUUUUGAUCUUAAUAAUGUAGGUCGGUAGGCAGUUUGCAUCCUUGAGUGGAACCAAACGACAUUCUCAUAAGGUGAUUCAGUAAUUUUCCAUGUUUUCCAUGUCGCUCGUGUUAGGAUAUGCCAUCAUGUAUAAACCUUUGUUUUCUGUCUUUGCAACUUCCUGUUAGUAGAGGUUUCAAAUUC